AUGAGGAGCGAUCGGAGCCGACUAGGCUCAGCCAUAACCCUUCGGCACCGAGAAUCACUUCAAGUUCCACAAUUACCAACAGAUGCUCCUAUCCGACAAACCCUACAGCACACACCGGCCCUACUUCCAACCGAUCGCCAGGGAUCAAGUUCGCUCAGUAAUACUCGUGCGAGUGAUGAUCGACAAAAGCUCAAGUCCAGCAAGCAUCAAUCUCAGCCAGUGAUUCCCAGGGCACAAUCAGUAGGUCUCGAUGCAACUCGGCCAGCUUCUCGACACUCGAAACGGACUCGUAGGGAUGCGACGUUCAACUCCAACUUACUGAUCAAAGCCUACCUCAAGAACCCGGUGAACCCAGUACCGUUUCCGUCGCUACUAAUGAAGACGGGCCGGGGGAUGACAGGACCAGCGUCCCAAGGAAGCUCGUCAGCGGGGGGCACGUUGACGACCCCGAAGCCGAGCCGGGCCGGGAUGAAUGGUUCUGAGCGCAGCUCGCCUCCCCGGCUCAACGGGCCCUUCCUGCGAAUCCGCUCCGACGACGACUACGACUCCCGGCGAGUCGACUCCCUCUUUUAUGGCCCCGUUGACCCCGUCCUGGUCGACCCUUCCGUCGAUCAUUAUUACACCUUCCCCGCACUCGAAGAGGCCCUCAUGGCCCCCCUAAAUUGCUACGAAUGCGACCUUUUCGACCCCGUCAUCCUUCACCCCUCCUUCAAUCCCCUUCGUCCAUCUAACCAUCCUGUCUUAUCCACUCCUCCUUCACAACCUUCCCAAUUCUCUGCUCACUCCCUCGUUAACCUUAACUCUGAAAUCUUUCCUUGGGACGCUAAGAAAGGUAUUGGUCUCCUCAACCCUCGCUAA